GACCCUUCCCACCACUAAUGGAGGACUGCACGAGGGCCUGGAGAGUGGGGAAGAGGAGGAGGAGGAGGAGGAGGAGGAGGAGGGUGGUGAUACUCACCUGAUGCAGCGGCUUGAGACUUCCCUGGCAGACAUCAUCGAUGCCGCUGUGCUCAAGAACCUCCGCAUCAACGGCAGCAUCCUCAGCGACCAGUUUGACGCCAUCAUCGCCACGCUCAAGAAAGUGGCGGCGUCCGUUGACUCUGGAGAGACGGGCUCGCCGCCCCCUUCCAAACGUGACUCUCAGAGUAGCACUCGAAGCUCCCUCAGAACCCCCGCCUCUCCCCUCAGUCCCCCUCCUGCGCCGGUCAGCCCCCUGUGCCCCUCCGGCCCCCGCACCCCGCCCACCAAGACACCGCUGUCACUCUUCUCCAUCAACGAGUGCCAGUCUGGCCCCUCAGGCACGCCGCCGGUACGGCCCCGCAACAGGCGACUCUCUCUUCCCAAGGACUCCCUGCAGGAUGCCCCUUCAGAUGUAGGACCACGCAGUUCACACCACGAGCAGGAUGAGCCUGUCAAGGACUUACCCAGUCCUCACAUUUAUGGCAGGAAGAACAGCACAGGAUCGCUUGGUCUGUGGGGCCGCGGUGCUCCACUUCCUCGAAACGGGACGCUGCGCCCCACUGCCACCACCAACAGCGUCACAAACCUGUGCUCUGCCGAGGACUACGCCUCACCUUUCAGUGGUUCAGCCUCCACAUUCCGUAAAGUACACAGCACCACCAAUGUGAGUGGCGGGUCUGGCGGCCCACACCGUCUGUUCCAGCGACACCUAUCCACGCCUGGUCCCGACGACAUCUCGGCGGACCACCGUCUCAGGAAGGGCCUGUCCAAGAGCCGCGAACUCCUGACACAGCUUGAGCACGAGUACCGUCGCAUCAAGGGCGACGACCGGCGAAGCCGCGAUCAGCGGGCGGCAGACCACAGCUGGCUGGAGCAAGAUUUUGACGAGCUGCUGGAAACUCUGUCCACUGAGUCCCCCACGCACCGCGAUCCCCGCGCCUCCUGCCCUCCCACUGGCGAUUGUGACGCCGCCUUGUCCUCGGCCUCUUCCAGUAAGAGCGACAAAUGGAGGACUGCCCGGAGGGAGGCGCCGCCGCGGCCGCCGAUCGAGAGUUUGGUGCCGCCGCGUGCGUCGGGUCCCCCGGGGGCCGAUGGCCGACACAUCUUUUCGUUCUUCCACAAGAAGGGCCGGAGCCACUCCCUCUCCGGUACGGAAGCGAUCAAGAUGGCGCUGCCGGCCACGCCGGAGGUCGAGCCUCAGGCCACAGCCCCGCCCCGCCCCGCGCCCCGCACCGCCCGCAGUAACAGCAUCCCCUCGAGUGCGCCGCUGGGCGUGGUGGCAGGCACCAGUCUGCCCCUCGAUUUGGCAGCUAUCUUCAGGCGGGGUCGUGGGGGCCCACGGAGGGUCAAGUUGAGGCCCCGUCCCACCACGCCGCAGGAGGAAGGAGAAGACGAGGACGAGGUAGAGGAGGAGCAGGAGAGCGGCAAGCAGACCCGCUCUCUCUCCCUGCCCAAGUCCUUCCUCUCCGACAAAUACGGGCUGAGCGGCUUCAAGGCAGCGUUACCAAGGUACGUGUCGAACGGUGACUCUUCUUUUUCCAGCCAGAGGGACGCGUCACGGCAAGUAAGUAUAGAGGGUAGGGAGUAUUAUGACCUUUACUUGCCUUUGCCAACCAUUAUUAGGCGCGGAAAUAUUCUGGUUAAAGUUAGUAUGUCUCGUCAGUUCUCCUUUUUUCAGCCAUAGUGAGAGAGAGACAAGUGGGAGGCUGGGAGCGUGUAAGUAGAAAUUAAGGAAUGUUAU